AUGCCGCGAUUUCAGCCUAGCAAGGAAGAAAUAUCCUUGUUUGAUAUAUACGCGGAGAACGAUGUUGCCAAAGCAGUCUUCAUAGAAAACACGAACAGUUCCAAGAUGGUGAAUCAAGCCGACGGGGAGCCCUCUUUUAUCCCCGUCUUUCUAUAUAUCAGGGAGUAUGGCAUAGGCUCUACUGAUAUCGAACUGUCAGAAGCCGCUCCGGCCAUUCGAACCGUAAAGGAGCCGGCCUCCAGACCACCUCCAAGACGACUACUAACAUUUGCCUCCGGGCAUGGCGAUGUCCAGCUGGGGAGGGAACAUCACGACGGAGACUUGCACUGCUACCUCUUUCUUGACCCCGAUGAAGGCCUGCUCUUCCUCCAUGUCCUCCGAGGUAGCGCCAAUGUGAUGGCCGACAACAAAACGCAAACAAAGUAUCAGGAAGAGGGUAUGCCGGGCUACCAACAACUCGUCCCUGACACUGCCGACAAGAUUUAUAUCGAUGUGGGCAACGCGAGGCUCGUCCUUGAGUGGAAGCCGCUUCACAAGCCGCCGAACCUCGGCAGGUCCCGCGAGGUACGCAAAGUAAUAGCUCGGCGAACCGUCCAGACGAUGGAGAUGCAGGACGACGUUCCCGAGGAGGAGAGAGUCUGGAUUCUGGGCCGCCGUGUACAAUUCGGCGACAGCGAGAAGCCAGCGUGGCGCAUACUCGGUGAGGGAUACUCUGGCAUCGUUUACGAAGCGGGUGCGCCGGGGGGGAAGGUCUUCGCUGCGAAGAUGAUCAAAAGCGAGGUCCACGCCUGGAGUAUUGGAAAUGAAUACAAGUGGCUCAAGAAACUCAAGCACGAAAAUGUCAUCGAACUUGUCGGCUAUCAAGGAGACGAGCACGAAGGCGGCGCUUUCAGGCUAUCCCUUCUCCUAUUCCGAAAGUAUGGGGUUCUAGACCAGUUAGAAUGGGGCCACCGCCAUUUCGACUCGGAGAGGCAAAACUUCACCAAGGAUUUCGAACUGUGUACGAGUCCCGUGAUGACUGAUAGACUCGUGGACGACCUAGCCCGAGAUCUAUGGCGCGCGUUUGACUUUCUGGAUAGGCAAGGAGUCGUGCACAGAGACAUCAAGGCUGACAACGUCCUAUUUGAUCCAUGCUACUAUCCCUCGAGUCUAGAUGGCGCACGCUCCGAUAGGGAUCCCGGGUAUUUGUUUAUCCUUACAGAUUUCGGCCUGAUUCGCGAGUCGAGUGACAAGCCUCCGAGAGGCCAUGAACUUCCAGAAGAAACGUAUCGCCCACUCGAGACCUUGGACGAUAGCUUAGACAAAUGCUCUGACUGGUGGGCAGUGGGCAUCUUGCUUGCUACGGUCGCCGGUUACAUAUGCUUGGACGAGGUUACAUUAUCCCGAGACGGGUGGUGUAUAAAGGCCCAAUCCCUUGGCGCAACGCCACCUGGGCUAGAGGAGGAUCUCCCGGCGGCGCUUGGGAAGCCGGGAGGAAGCAAGACGGACGCGGAAACCGACACACGACGACAUGGGCUCAAGCUCUGGUUUGCUUACCUCGAGUGGCUCACCAAGCAGAAGGACAAGGAUGACGAGUUCAUACUCCCGCAGGCGUACCGUGACUUACUGGUCCAGGAUCCCUCGAAGCGCAAGUCCCCAGGGCACUGCCUGGAAGAGUUUGAAAAGAAUCGUUUUUACUUGUUAAAGGGAGAGAUGGCGCAUGCAGAUACGGAAUCAUGA